AUGGCUAACGUGAUCAUCCAGCAGCCACCAACCGUAUCAACGCUCGCGGUCCAGUCAAACCAGUGGCACACUGGGAUCUGCGACUGCUUUGAUGACUGCGACGUUUGUUGCUUUGCAUUUUGGUGCUUCCCAUUUUUUGCAUGCCGAACUGCGUCGGAUUUCGGAGAGUGUUUUUGCCUUCCCCUGGUGGAUAACACCCUGUGCUACGGUGUUUCGCUACCCCCCAUAUCCCUGGCCAUGAGGGCUGCCGUCCGAAAUCGUUACGGAAUAGAGGGUAGCCUGAUGUCUGACUGCAUGUAUACCGCCUUCUGCAAUACCUGCUCCUGGUGCCAAAUGGCUCGUGAGAUCAAGAGAAGAAAGGCUACCAUCACUGUUAUCAACAGCCAGUCAACUGUCAUAUCGGCCCCCCCAGUGGUGGUGUCCCCACCACCCCCUGUCAUUGUGCCCCAACCAACAGUCAUCGCUCCACCAACCCCUGUCGUUGUUCCCCAACCAACAGUCUUCGCUCCACAACCAACAGUGGUCACCUCAACCCAGUCCGCAAUCGUGGCCACUCAAAUCAGAUAA